AUCAACUCUCACGCCGCCACUUUCUACACUGAUAUCGUGGCACCGCACUAUAAGAUGAGCGCCCGGCAAGCCAGCAGGGUGACCCACGUCCUAGAGGCUACAAGCGGCGGGGUUAUGACAGUGUUCGCCCUGGUGGUGCCUUACAUGGGUACAGCGGCUAGGGUUCUGAUGACCCUGUACAGCGGAGCAUCGGGACCUUUUGCUGGAAUGAUCGCUGCCGCCAUCUGCCUACCAUGGGCAAACAAGAGGGGUACAGCAGCUGCUACUUCACUAGUGUUCGCGCUCGUGCUGUGGCAGACAGUGGGCAGGACGCUGUCUGGAACAGAACCACCGAGGAUGAACACCACGCUGCUUCGCUGCUCUCGAAAUGCAACGGAUAAUGCCUUAUUUGACGAUAUUGGGCACCUAUCCACUCAGCACGAGUGUGCCAAGAAUCUCACCUGUGUCAGGCAUAGUGUGCACCAAGAGAGGCUCAGCGUGGAACUCCUGGAGCACUGCGCCACCAAAAUUUAA